AUGCUGACAGCCGUGCUAAUUUUGGUGCUUGUUUUGUCGUUUUUAUGUAGCCGGUGGAGAGAUGCUCUGUCCAGCCGGACUAGUGAUCUGUUACUGAGGAUGGAGGCCGUGGCACCGCUGCUGCUCAUCGCGCACCCGGAUGAUGAGUGCAUGUUUUUUGCACCAACUAUCCUUGGCUUGCUCAGGCAGCGGCGCCCGCUCUCUGUGCUCUGCUGUUGCACAGGAAAUUACUACAAUCAAGGGGAGGUUCGUAAGAAAGAAUUAAUUGAAAGCUGUGCUGUUUUAGGAAUCCCUCCUUCAAAUGUUACCCUUAUUGACCACAGAGAUCUACCUGACAAUCCAAAAGUGCAGUGGGAUAGGAACCUCCUUUCCUCACUUAUUCUGAGCCAUAUUAAAGAGAAGAAUAUUGACCUGGUAAUCACAUUUGACGAAAGAGGUGUGAGUGGGCAUUCUAAUCAUAUUUCAUUGUACAGCGCUAUAAGGUCUAUGCAGUGUACAGGAAGGCUACCUGAUGGAUGCUCUGUGCUUGUGCUGGAGUCAGUAAACAUUCUCAGAAAGUACCUCUCAUUCUUAGACUUGCCAAUCAGCUGGAUGUGUCCACAGGAUGGGCUCUUCAUACUGGCAGGAGAGCAGUACAAGAAGGCCAAGGAUGCCAUGGCAUGCCACCAAAGCCAACUUCUCUGGUUUCGCCACCUGUAUCUUAUAUUUUCACGCUACAUGGUGAUCAAUUCAUUAAAGUUUCUAUCCUGUGAUAAAGAAGAACCAGAAGUUAAAUCCAAAAACAGUUGAUCCUUUCCAUGGAGCUCCUGAAUAAGAUGUGACCACUCAGUGAACUGAUUGUCCAGUUAUCCUGUGUCCUGAGAUACACAGUAAUUACACACAUAAUAUGUGCUAGCUGCUGAUAGACUGUAACCAUGCAGUUACUGGAUAAGCAUGUGUGAAAAUGUUUACAUAAUACUGUAAUAAGGAAAUCUGUAAAGUAUAUUAUCUAAAUUACUGUAAUUUUUUUUUUUUUAUCCAGCCAUUUUUGUUCUUCACGUUUUUUAUAGUAAUACUACAGGUGCAAUUAUUAUGCAAAAUCACUUUAUGCACCUAUAAGGGCGGUGGUUGCACUAAGAAGACUCAUCUAAAAAUGAGUUUCAAAAUGGCAGCAACAAAAAGAGUGCUAACCCCUCAAAAGUGAUAUAGAAUGGGAAAAGGUGAAAAGGUUGUUAUAAAAUCAAGCACCUAGAUUACAAAUUUUGCGCUGAACAGGGUGCGGAACUAACACCAAAAAAGUUGCGUUAUUUCACCCUCCAUAGCGCUGCCAUUACGAGUGAAUGAAAAGCCUCCUUGUGCGUGCGAUAUGGUGGCGUUAAAGGGACACUGAACCCAAUUUUUUUUUUUUGUAAUUCAGAAAGAGCAUGCAAUUUUAAGCAACUUUCUAAUUUACUCCUAUUAUCAAUUUUUCUUCGUUCUCUUGCUAUCAUGAUUUGAAAAAGAAGGCAUCUAAGCUUUUUUUUGGUUUCAGUACUCUGGACAGCACUUUUUUAUUGGUGGAUGAAUUUAUCCACCAAUCAGCAAGGACAACCUAGGUUGUUCACCAAAAAUGGGGCGGCAUCUAAACUUACAUUCUUGCAUUUCAAAUAAAGAUACCAAGAGAAUGAAGAAAAUUUGAUAAUAGGAGUAAAUUCGAAAUUUGCUUAAAAUUAAAUUUUUGGGUACAGUGUCCCUUUAAGCGCCAUACCGCACAAUGAUUUAUUGUUUCUAUAAAAUGUUUAUUAAAAAUAUUGAAUACAAAAAAAAAAGCCAAGGGCUGCUUUGACGUGGUCAUGCACGCUUUCCCUCAAUGACAUCAAUAGGGAGAGAGUGUCAGAAAAAAACCUAACACCUGCGAUCGCAGAAUGAAAAUUCUCCGUAACGCAACCCCAUUGAUGUCUAUGGGGAAAAAAAGUUACAUUUAAACCUAACAUAAACCCCAAGUCUAAACACCCCUAAUCUGCUGCCCCCGACAUCGCCGGCACCUAAAUAAAAUUAUUAACCCCUAAUCUGCCGCUCCCGACAUUGCUGCCACUAAUAAAAGUUCUUAACCCCUAUUCCGCCGCUCCCCGACAUCGCCAACACUAUAAUAAAGAUAUUAACCCCUAAACCUCCGGCCUCCCACAUCUCUGCAACUAAAUAAACCUAAUAACCCCUAAACCGCCAGCCCCACACAUUGCAAAACACUAAAUUAAACUAUUAACCCCUAAACCUAACACCCCCUAACUUUAAAUUAAAUUUACAAUAUAACUAUAUUUAAAUAAAUAAAAACUUACAUGUGAAAUAAAAAUAAACCUAACAUUAAACUAUAAAUUAACCUAACAUAACUAUUCUAAUAAAAUAAAAAAAUACUACCAAUUAAAAAAUCUAAAUUAGAAAUUAAAAAAAAAUAACACUACAAAAAAUAUAAAAUUACAAAAAAUAAUAAACACUAAAUUACAAAAAAUAAAAAACACUAAGCUUACAAAAAAUAAUAAACUAAAUUAUAAAAAAUAAAAACAAUUACACCUAAUCUAAUAGCCCUAUAAAAAAAAACUCCCCCCAAAAUAACCCCCCCAGCAUACAAUAAACUACCAAUAGCCCUUAAAUAGCCCUUAAUAGUCCCCCCAACAGUAAAACCCACCACCCAACCAACUCACCCAAAUAAAAAAAAACUAACUCUAAAAAAAAAAGAGCAUUCAGCUCUUUUUCAUUGCCCUUAAAAGGGCAUUUAGCUCUUUUUUCAAUAGCCCAAACCCUAAUCUGAAAAAAGCACCCCAAAAAAUACCUAAUACUAACCCCAGAAUAUCUAUUCACGGUUGCUGAAGUCCGAACAUCCAGGUGGCGAGAAGUCUUCAUCCAGGCGGCGACAUCUUCAUCCAUCGCGGGGGCGUUUUCUGUCUUCAUCCCGGCAGCGCGGAGGGGCAAAGACAUCCAGCGCAGAGCGUCCUCUUCAUACGGUCUCCGCUGUACACUGAAGCUUCAAUGCAAGGUACCCAUUUCAAAAUGGCGUACCUUGCAUUCCUAUUUGGAUGAGAGCUUCUAAAAUCCUAUUGGCUGUUAAUAAGUUUUAAAUAGUGUUUGCGAUGCGGGAGGGCGGUGGUUUAAGGGUAAUAGGUAGUUUAUGGGUGUUAGUGUACUUUGUAUCACUUUAGUUAUGAGUUUUGUGAAACAUUUUUGUGGUGCAAAACUCAUAACUACUGCUCUCAGAUGGCUAUAUGGAUCGUGUCGGUAUAGGCUGUAAGGCAAGUUUUUUAGCCUCACCGUACAACCUGCAAUACCAGGGCUAUGAAAAUCCCACGAAAAAACGUCAUAUUUUUGAGUGUGGAAUGGAUGUUGCGUUACAGGCUAAAAUGCUUGCGUUAUAGCUAUACCGACACGACUCGCAAUAGCUGCGUUACUGCUUUUACGUUGAAAUUGCCAUUUUUUCAGAGUUAAAAGCCGUAACGCAAAACUCGUAAUCUAGGUGGAGAUGAAUUGAAUAUCAUAUAACUCUCACUUUAUUAAACAGAAAAAAGACACACUAUGGGUUAAAAACACUUAAACUCAGCUGCCAUGAAGUUACCAGUGGGAAAAUAUUAGAUACUGAGAGGUAGAUCGCUGUGGGUAAUACCACUGAUAGGUUGUAAUUGGAUUCGAAUUAAGAUCUGAUGGUAUAGUUAUAUGAUUAUGAUCAAUGUGAAUACAGUAUCGUUCAAACACCAACAAGAACAAUUAUUCAGAAUACUAACUGAUCUUAACUUAACUAAACUCCUUUUAUAGCGGGAGUUAUUUUAAAGUUAUCUUUCCUGUGAUUAGGAGUGCUGCGAAAGAUCUCAAAAUAGUAGCCAGAGUGAGUGAUCACACAUACAGCAUUUUAAAUAAAAAUCAACCACACUUAGAGCAUUAUAUCCAGACAGACAGAGUAAGCUAGUUAAAAUAAGAGAGACAACGCUGUCACUGGCCGACAUCGCCAACACUAUAAUAAAGUACAAACAAGCAACAUUUGCUUCAAUCCAUAUAUAAUAUAUUUUGACAAAUACAAAAGUAGUCAUAUUCCUUAGACUGAUUUGAACUCCACUAAACAAAACAAAAUAUGGAAAAAACUAUCAGCUAGAUUACGAGUUUUGCGUUAAAGUGAAAAAGCAGCAUUAUCAGGUCCUAACGCUGCUUUUUCACUACUGCUACUAUUACGAGUCUUGCAGGUUUAGGGGCACCGCACACUUUUUUAGCCUUACCGCAAACCGACUUACGUAAACCCUUUUUUCUAUGGGACUUCCAUAGCGCCGGUAUUACGAGUCGGUCCUGGGAGGCCAAAAAGUGAGCGGUACACCCUCUACCUCCAAGAUUCCUAACGCAUUCUAAAGCCAGUAGUUAUGAGUUUUACACUACAACGCCGUAGCAUAAAACUCAUAACUAAAGUGCUAAAAAGUACACUAACACCCAUAAACUACCUAUUAACCCCUAAACCGAGGCCCUCACGCAUCGCAAACACUAUAACAUUUUUAACCCCUAAUCUGCCACUACGGACAUCGCCACCACUAGAAUAAACAUAUUAAACCCUAAACUGCCGCACUCCCGCCUCGCAAACACUAGUUAAAUAUUAUUAACCCCUAAUCUGCCGCCCCUAACAUCGCCGCCACCUACAUUAUACUUAUUAACCCCUAAUCUUUCGCUCCGGACAUCUCCGCAACCUAUAUUAUAUUUAUUAACCCCUAAUCUGCUGCCCCCAACAUCGCCGCCACCUACCUACAUUUAUUAACCCCUAAUCUGCCGCCUCAACAUCGCGCCACUAUAUUAAAUGUAUUAACCCCUAAAUCUAAGUCUAACCCUAACACCUCCUAACUUAAAUAUAAUUUAAAUAAAUCUAAAUAAAAUUACUAUCAUUAACUAAAUAAUACCUAUUUAAAACUAAAUACUUACCUAUAAAAUAAACCCUAAGAUAGCUACAAUAUAACUAAUAGUUACAUUGUAUCUAGCUUAGGGUUUAUUUUUAUUUUACAGGCAAGUUUGUAUUUAUUUUAACUAGGUAGAAUAGUUACUAAAUAGUUAUUAACUAUUUAAUAACUACCUAGCUAAAAUAAAUACAAAUUUACCUGUAAAAUAAAACCUAACCUAAGUUACAAUAACACCUAACACUACACUACAAUUAAAUAAAGGGAGUUUAGAAGGAGUUUAGUUGAGUUAAGAUCAGUUAGGAUUCUGAAUGAUUGUUCUUGUUGGUGUUUGAACAAUACGGUAUUCACAUUGAUAGUAAUCAUAUAACUUUAGCAUCAGAUCUUAAUUUGAAUUCAGUUACAACCUACCAGUGGUAUUACACACAUUGAUCUACCUCUCAGUAUCUAAUAUUUUCCCACCGGUAACUCCAUUGCAGCUGUUUAAGUGAUUUUAACCCAUAGAGGCCUAUUUAUCAAGCUCCGCUGUUCCAUAACCUGUCUGCCUGCUCUGAGGCGGCGGACAGAAAUCGACAGAAAUCAACCCGAUCGAAUACGAUUGGGUUGAUUGACACCCCCAGCUAGUGGCCGAUUGGCCACGAAUCUGCAGGGGGUGGUAUUGCACCAGCAGUUCACCAGAACUGCUAGUGCAAUGAUAAAUGCCGAAAGCGUAUGCUGUCUGCAUUUAUCGAUGUGCAGCGGACAUGAUCCGCUAUAUCGGAUCAUGUCCGCUCGCACCAUAAUAAAUAGGGCCCAUAUUGUGUCUUUUUUCUGUUUAAUAAAGUGAGAGUUUGAAUAGUGAUAUUCAAUUCACCUUAUUUUAUAACAACCUUUUCACCUUUUCCCAUUCUGUAUCACUUUUGAGGGGUUAGCACUCUUUUUAUCACUACACAUAUAGCUGAAUGUUGGGUGCAUCUUCUACUUUUGGGUUGUGUAACAAUUAUAAAAAUAAAAAAAGGUGGUAAAACAUGUUA